UCUCUCUCUCUCCUCUCGCACCCACGAAAACAACGCCUCUUGCUCCGGACGAAGACAAUCGAAUCGCAAGCUCCGUCGCGCGCCCCGCUAGAUCUCCGGCCAUACCAGCGCUCAGCCGUCGUCCUCGUCAGCAGCGACCUCACCCCUCUCUCUCUCUCACCGUACUCGACUCAAGAAGACGAAGAAGCUGAGGUCGGCGGGUUCCGACCGGCCGACGAUGCCAUCCCGCUCCCUCGGUGACAGCACGUCAGCUCACUCCUCGCUGUCGGCGACCUCCAUUUGAGGUCUUUUCUUCUUCCAAGGAAGUCAACGGAUCGCUGGUUGUUCCAACUCUACCGGAGCUUGUUUUGUCCGGAUCUGAUUGCUCUUUUCGGAGAUCCGCCUCAUCUCCCGCCAUUCUCAGACGGAGAAGACGAGGAGUGGUGAUCGGCGGUUAUAAUCAGCAGAUCAAUUUGUCGGUCAAAAUCCGCCUCGCCGGAGCUUAAUCUCUCCAGAUCUGAUACACUUUCUCCAAGGUAGGUGAGGGUGACGGUGAAGAUGUCUCAAAGCACCAUCCGCAAAACCCUCGGGGCUGUCAAGGACCAGACAAGCAUUGGCCUUGCAAAGGUCGCGAGCAACAUGGCGCCAGAGCUCGAAGUAGCUAUUGUGAAAGCCACGAGCCAUGAUGAUGAUCCUAUGGAUGACAAGUACAUGCGUCGGAUCUUGAAUUUGACUUCAUACUCGCGUGGAUACGUUCAUGCAUGUGUUUCUGCACUUUCAAAGCGACUGAGCAAGACACGCGACUAUAUUGUGGCUCUCAAAUCCCUAGUGGUCAUACAUCGUCUGUUGAACGAUGGAGAUCCAAUUUUUCAUGAGGAGAUAAUGUAUGCGACCAGGCGUGGUGCUAGGUUGUUGAAUUUAUCUGAUUUUAGGGAUGAGGCUCACUCUAGUUCGUGGGACCACGCGGCUUUUGUGAGGACUUACGCUAUGUAUUUGGAUCAGAGACUCGAGUUGAUUCUGUUUGAUAGAAAGAGCGGCGGUGGUGGCGGUCCUAGUGGAAGUGCUAAUGGUGGUGGUAGUGUUCACAGUGAGGAUAGGUAUGGGAGUAGAGAUGAUUUCCGGUCCCCACCACCCAGAGGGAAUGAUUAUGAUUAUGGUGAUUAUAGAGGAGAAUAUGGUAAUUAUGGAGGGAUGAGAAGGUCAAGGUCAUAUGGGGAUAUGAGCGAUGGUGUGGCUGUGAAAGAAGGGAAAGAAGAGAGAAGGGUAGUGACUCCACUGAGGGAAAUGAAGCCAGAAAGGAUUUUUGGCAAAAUGGGUCAUUUGCAGAGGCUAUUGGACCGGUUCUUGGCGUGUAGGCCCACUGGUCUGGCCAAGAAUAGCAGGUUGAUCUUAGUUGCAUUGUACCCUGUUGUGAAGGAGAGUUUUCAGGUAUAUGCUGAUAUCUGUGAGGUUUUGGCUGUUUUGCUUGAUAAGUUUUUCGACAUGGAGUAUCACGAUUGCGUCAAGGCUUUCGAUGCUUAUGCUAGUGCCGCUAAGCAAAUUGAUGAGUUGAUUGCAUUCUACACUUGGUGUAAGGAUGCAGGGGUGGCAAGAUCAACCGAGUAUCCUGAAGUGCAAAGGAUUACCAGUAAGUUGUUGGAGACAUUGGAGGAGUUUGUGAGGGAUAGAGCAAAGAGACCUAAGAGCCCAGAGAGGAGAGAAGAAUUGCCCCCUGUGGCUCAGGAGGAGGAGCCUGUGCCAGAUAUGAAUGAGAUAAAGGCGUUGCCUCCACCAGAGAAUUAUACUCCUGCACCACCACCACCACCAGCGCCAAAACCAGAGCCACCAAAGCCACAAGUGACAGGGGAUUUGGUGGAUCUGAGGGAUAAUGGAGUUACUGCUGAUGAUCAAGGUAAUAAAUUUGCAUUGGCUCUAUUUGCGGGGCCACCGGCUAAUACAGGGAAUGGUUCGUGGGAAGCAUUCCCUUCAAAUGGUGAACCAGAAGUGACUUCUGCUUGGCAAACCCCUGCUGCCGAAUCUGGCAAGGAAGAUUGGGAAUUAGCUUUGGUGGAGACUGCUAGUAACUUAUCAAAGCAGAAAGCGGCUUUAGGUGGUGGUCUUGAUCCAUUGCUACUGAAUGGCAUGUAUGACCAGGGAAUGGUGAGGCAACAUGUGAGCACUGCUCAGUUGACUGGAGGUAGUGCGAGCAGUGUUGCUCUACCUGGCGUUGGAAAGAGCGCAACCCCAGUAUUGGCUCUCCCUGCACCGGAUGGAACUGUCCAAACGGUUAACCAGGACCCUUUUGCUGCAUCAUUGAACAUCCCUCCUCCUUCAUAUGUACAGAUGGCGGAAAUGGAGAAGAAACAACAUUUGGUUGUGCAGGAGCAACAACUGUGGCAGCAGUAUGCUACGGAGGGGAUGCGAGGUCAAGCCACUUUGGCCAAGAUUGGUGGGACUGGUUACUAUGCACCACGUCCUCCCGUGAUGCCCUAUGGCAUGCCACCAGUCAAUGGGAUGGGACCUCCAACUGGGUAUUAUUAUUCUCCUUACUGAUGUUGCUUGCUUAUCACCAUAUGAAUCUGUUUUUUCUCAUUUCUUCCAGUUGUGUAUCUAGUUGUAUUAUGAUAUGAUCCUUUUUGUAUUCUGGUGUGCUGGUUUUGGGAAGAGGGAAGAGUGAACCCCUGGAGAUUCUUUUUUGGGUAAGAUAUUUGGAUGGUGACAUCCAAUGCGUACUGUACCUGCUUGUGCUUCUUGUAAUAAUCAGAAUUUCCAUGACCA